AGGGCGGGAGAGCAGGAAGCGAGGAGCCAUUCCUCCACCAUGAGCAAAAGCCAGCCAGGGGCCUGCCCGUGCCAGGGCGCCACAGGCCGCCCCGCCAUUCUGUAUGCGCUGCUGAGUCCCGGCCUCGGGGCCGGGCCCCCCAGCCCCCUAGCCCGGAGCCGUUGUUUGUGCCAGCAGCACCGGCCUGUGCGACUGAGCACGCCCCACCGCACCUGCCAGGAGGCUCUGGACGUGCUGGGUAAGACGGUGGUCUUCCUCAGGAACCUGCCGUCCUUCUGCCAGCUGCCCCCUCAGGACCGACGGCGGUUACUGUGGGGCUGCUGGGGCCCCCUCUUUCUGCUGGGGUUGGCCCAAGACACUGUGACCUUCGAGGUGGCCGAGGCCCCGGUCCCCAGCAUCCUCAAGAAGAUCCUGCUGGAGGAGCCCCGCAGUCAGCUGCCCGAGCCACCCCGGCCCUCACUGGCCGCUGUGCGCUGGCUUCAGUGCUGCUUGGAGGCCUUCUGGAGUCUGGAGCUGAGCCCCAAGGAAUAUGCCUACCUGAAAGGGACCAUCCUCUUCAACCCUGACCUGCCAGGUCUCCACACCUCCUCCCACAUCGGGCUCCUGCAGCAAGAGGCUCACCAGGCACUGUGUGAGGUCCUGGAGACCCAGCAUGCAGCAGGCCAAAGCCGCCUGGCCCGUGUGCUCCUCACUGCCUCCACCCUCAAGUCCAUCUCCCCCAGUCUGCUCGGGGACCUCUUCUUCCGCCCCAUCAUCGGAGACAUUGACAUUGUUGGCCUCCUUGAGGACAUGCUUCUGCUGAGCCGACCUGCUGCCACCCAAGUAGAGACCAGGUGCUGGUUGGACGGCGGCUGGCAGUGCUGAGUCUGCCCACUGUCCCUGGUCGGGCAAGCUGCCCAUGAGCUCUCCACCCGGCCAGAUGGGUGCUCUCACCUGGCCAACAGAUCAGAUGGGCUACGGCCUCCACUCGGACUCCCCCACUUUGGCCUCCUCAGUG